UUCGUUUUGACAUCAUUUUCGUGUUUAUCCGGGAGGAAUUUCUCGCAGUGCAAUUUUUGUUUUUAGUUUUCUUUGAGUUCACCAGCUGUGUGUUUGGGCGAAAGGUGCUCCAAUGGUCCGCGAGAACUGUGAUACAACUGUAGCAAAUAAUCUCACCUGUGUGUACGAAUGAACAAUUGCAGUGGAGUGCUGUGAGAAAAAAAGUUUUGGUUCCCUUUUCGUGUCUCUGACCAGGAAAAUUCCCCAGGAAAAAACAUGACAAAGUUGACAGAGGAGAUGGUGAUUGCCAGAUCCAGGCAAUCGGAUCUGUCGACGGUGAAGAAAUUAAAUUGCUGGGGCAGCGAAUUAUCCGACGUCUCCAUCAUUCGUCGCAUGCGUGGCGUGGAAGUCUUAGCACUCAGUGUGAAUAAAAUAAGUAGCUUGGCUGAUUUUGAGAACUGCCAAAAUUUGCAAGAACUCUACCUCAGACGGAACAAUAUAAAGGAUUUAUCGGAAUUGGCGUAUCUGCAGGGUUUGCCAAAUUUGAAGUAUCUCUGGCUGGAAGAAAAUCCCUGUGUUGAACGAGCGGGUCCGAGCUACCGAGCAAUCGUGUUGAGAACCUUGCCAAAUUUACAAAAAUUGGACAAUAUUGAUGUGACUCCGGAGGAGUUGGCGGACGCAAGGAGGGGUUCAGUGAAGAGGGAUGACGUUAUUUACGAAGAUUCCUCAUAUCCUGCUGAACCACAACCUCAGCAGAAUCAGCAGCAAUCUCAGUAUCGUCAACAGAGCCCCAUGCGAGAGAAUCAGAGUCUCGAAAAUACUGAGGAAUCAAUAAGUGAUCCAAUUGAUAGAAAUUCAAUUCCAUCAUCUCCAAUUCAGAGGAGUCCAUCGAAUCAGGAACAGUAUUCACCAGCUGAAACGAAUCAACCACCUUCACCGCGAUAUCAGAGAGAUCAUCGAGGCUCAUACAAUCAGUACGACGUCUCAAUGAGAUCACCUGGAUCUGAUCAAGAAGCAUCACCAGCUACUGGAUAUCGUGAACGUGUGCCAAUUGCGCCAUCGAUGUCAACGCAUUCGAUGAAGGAAUACUAUCAGUCUGAUUACCAGAAACCCCAGCAUCCGGCUCACUACCGCCACAGCCAAAUGGAUUUGACGGAAUGGGAUGAGCAUCAGCAUCAGGGUGGGCAUCCGGGUCGUCGGAAUGGUGGCGGCGGUGAACCACCGCGGGAUUCCUAUGCAUAUCGCAAUGGCAAUGCCAACCGGGAAGAUUGGGAUGAGAAUGUGGAGAACCGCCGAAGGGAAUCACGUCGCUCCGAGGGGCGCUUCAAUGAUAGUGCUAGCGUUGUCUCCAACGCCGUUCUCAAUCACUACGCCAGUUACCAUCGGCGACCCGUCAACAGGAAUGCAAACCUUCUUUCGGCCACCCUUUGCCUCGUGAAGGAGCUCGAUUACCCCAGUUUGGAAGUUGUUGAGCAUGCUGUUCGAUGUCGAAUUGAUGAAUUGGCCACGGAUUGAGGACAAAGGAGCACAACAAAAUUUUCCUUUUUAUACUUUCCCUAACAAAAUUUCUCUUUGAAAAUUUUUCUAAUUUUUUCCAUUCCGAUAUGCAGACUUUUCUCACGGAUAAAUGAGAAGAAGAAUAUUCUGGUGGAAGAGAAAAUUCUUUAAAAGAAUUUCCCAAGUUUCAUUUUCCUCCAGAGAAUGGGAGGAUGAGAAGGGAAAUUGGGUGACGAGAGAAAUUGUAUAUAUGAGAAAAAUUGAACAUUCUUUUCCGCAGAACAAAUUGCCAAUAACUUUUUCGCCCCAAAUAUUGGGUUUAAUCUGUUACUCUUUUCGAUUAACAACAAAAGAAAAACUUCUUAGAUUUUAUGAGAGAGAAAAAAAUACUUAAAAUAUGAAAUUAAAGUGAAAGAAGAAAUUUUUUUGAAUAUAAAUAACGUGCAAUCUAUCACAUUUUAACAUUUGUAUGCAUAUAGUGAGAGCAUAAUCAUGGAGUGAGAAUGGACUUUUUGUAAAUUGCAUAAAUUUAGAGGAGUUAUGUCUACACAUAGACGCAAAAUAAGAAAGAAAAGAAAAUAUUUUAAUAACUAAUCAUAAAUUGAGAUGGGAGUUUUUUGUACUUGAUUUAUAAUAAUGUUCGAUUUUUUUUUGCCUUGGAAGUGACUUAGAAAAGUGACGCAAAAAAAAAGUUCUAAGUGUAAAGAAAGCUAAAAGAAGAUGGAUAGAAUGUUCUCUGACUAAAGUAAUUUCAAAGAAAUUACUUGAAAAAAAAAUUCUUGUGGAAGACUCUUGGACACUUCAAAAGAAAUAAAAAUCAAAAAUAAUUUCAACAUGGAAUAUUUUAUCCAUCUCUGUUGUAGCCCUUUAGCAGGACUUUAAAUAUAUCAACACUGUCACUAUUCUCUUUUAUCAAUUGCCGUCUUGCUAGAGUAUAGAAAAUUUUAUUUCAAUGUUAGACAUUGUACUCGAAAGAAAAAAAUGAUAUUAAUUACUUUCACGCAAUAAUUUUUUGGCCUUAUGAAAAUUAUUUGCGUAGAAAGAAAGCACAGGGAAGAGAUUUUCUCUCCGUUUUUUUUGAAAUGAAAGAAAAAAAAAUUGUUAAAUAGUGGAAAUGCAAAGUUGUUUGUUAUAGGGGAUGAAAUUUUUGCAGCUAAAGAAUUAAAAUCAUACCCUGUUUUUUGAAAGUUUUCAAACCUUCAGCCCAUUUUGUGGCUUUUUUUGCGCAACGUUAAAAAAUCUUUCGUUAACUUUUUGGAAUGUUUUCAGAUUUCUUUUCACAGAACAUGUAUGAAGAAGAAAUUGUAAGAAAAAAAUCAAGGGCUAAACAAUAAAAAAAAUCAUUUGAGACUAAUAAGAAAA